AGCACCUCUUUAAAAAAUCAGCUCCGGGAAGUUUUCGAAACGUUUCUCUUGGAAAACACCAUGGCCAGACCUCAGAAACGAUAUCGAGGCGUCCGUCAGAGGCAUUGGGGCUCUUGGGUCUCCGAAAUUCGCCACCCUCUACUGAAGACAAGAGUAUGGCUAGGCACAUUCGAAACGGCAGAGGACGCAGCACGAGCGUAUGAUGAAGCAGCAAGGCUCAUGUGCGGGCCAAAAGCACGUACAAAUUUCCCAUACAAUCCCAACGAGUCUGAAUCAAAUUCAUCCUCCAAGCUUCUUUCUGCAACUUUGACAGCCAAGCUACACAAAUGUCACAUGGAAUCCCUCAAAAUAAUGGCCAAAACAUCCGCAAAGAAAGAGCCCCAAGAGGCAGAGUACACCCAUUUCGCGGCGGGCAGUAAUGGGAUUGCCGGAAACAGCGGCGAAACGGGUUGCGGGGCGGGUCAAGUACUUGAGAGUAUGGAUCAUCAGCAGUAUAAGCCUCUUGAAGACGACCAUAUAGAGCAGAUGAUUGAGGAAUUGCUUUAUUAUGGCUCGAUUGAGCUCUGCAAUGUCGUUCCAACACAGGGCUCUGACAUUAUUAACAUGUAGGCAAACUUCUAAAAUUUGCUAAGGCAACUUUUUGUUUAUUUAGAUCAAUCGAGAGAAAUAUGUAAUAAUGUUCUUCGAUUUUCUGUUAUAUACAACCCACUACUAGAGCAUGCGAAACAAGAACAUCAUGAGAAAGACAGAGCUCAACUCAAUCUUUUCCUUUUUUCUUUUUCCCCCUUCCCCUUUUGUGGGUGCGAUUAAAUAGGCCAAGUUUUGAAGCUCCGGGAAGUGGGCGAGAGCUAGAAUUUAAAAGGUACAAUUCUGGGGACCCCAGAGGGUGGAAUUGUUGGGAAAGAACAUAGGAUUUUACAAUCUCGGAUUAUUCUAGGAAAAAGAUUGGAAGACAAAAGUGAUCAAGACAAUAACAAUGUCGGUGAUCUUUCUUCUACUAUUUGUAGUGAUGUUCAAAUCGGUACGCGUGCAUGAAUCUGCUUAGCAAU